GGAGCGUUAGUGCCACCUGUUGACCCAAAGGCUGGGGCGCUCGACCCAAAGGCUGGGGCGCUCGACCCAAAGGCUGGGGCGCUCGACCCAAAGGCUGGGGCGCUCGACCCAAAGGCUGGGGCGCUCGACCCAAAGGCUGGGGCGCUCGACCCAAAGGCUGGGGCGCUCGACCCAGAGGCUGGGGCGCUCGACCCAGAGGCUGGGGUGCUGGACCCGAAA